AUGGGCUUAGUUGAAGAGAGUGGAGCGGGUGAGGGAAAUGGGCCGGGUCGUUGGAAGACCCAGACCCAAGAGGAAGAAACACAAAUGCUGAAGCGAAAAAAACCUAAGAAAGAUGGAAGAGGGCGAAAUGGGUUUUGGAAAUUGAGUGAUGGAGAUGAAGGACGGAAGGAUGAUAGGUGGGUUGAGCGACGGUUCGAUGACAGAGAUGAUGAUUGUGGCUGCACCCAAGGAAGGGUUUUGAUUUGGCUUGUUGCUCACACUCAUCAACUAGCAACUAUUCGUAAAAGUUGUUGUACAGGUACACGACACUAUCAAUUCAGUCUAAUUUGGGGAUCCUCCACUUCUUCCCUUAACCAAAGUCAGGAAACAAGGACAGAUAGCCAAAAUCUAUUGCAAUACAGGUUCUUCCAUCGAUUUGAGCGGGAGAAGAAGGACGGUUGUAUUAGAGUUGAAGAAGGUGAUGGUGAUGAUUGCAGAGAGAAGGUGGAAAAUUGA